CACUCCUCGCUGGUCUGGACUUCAGUUCACCUUCACAAUGGCACCAGUGAUCAUGUGCACAAAUUUCGCUGCGAGGAUUUCAAAUAAUUAUACGUGGAGAGGCGUGAAGGUCAGCCGGGUUGUAAAUAAUGUUGGUCGCUGCAUGUCCUCUGUUCCCAGUUUUAAGGCCUCAGAGCUUCACAUUGAUUUCUGUCCUCCUGAUCAACUGAAGAGCAAACCAGCAGUGAAGGAUUUAGUAUUUGGCCGCAACUUUACGGACCACAUGCUAAAAAUAUAUUACAGUGACAAGUCUGGAUGGGGCAAGCCCAGAAUAACACCCCUACAGGAGCUGCGGCUUCAUCCAGCUGCGAAAGUACUUCAUUAUGCAGUCGAGCUUUUUGAGGGUAUGAAAGCUUUUCGUGGUGUUGAUGAUGCAAUCAGAAUUUUCCGGCCAGAUAAAAACAUGGAACGUAUGAAUCGAACGGCAGCUCGGUCAUCUCUUCCCACUUUCGAUGGUAAUGAGUUAAUCAAGUUACUAAAGAAACUUAUAAGCAUAGAUCAAGAAUGGGUGCCACAUUCCGAAUCAUCUAGUCUCUACAUACGGCCUACCUUAAUUGGCACCGAGCCCACCUUAGGUGUUCAACGACCAACUGAGGCACUAUUGUAUGUAAUAUUGGGCCCAGUUGGGCCUUACUUCGCAAGUGGGUUUAAGCCUGUUUCUCUGCUAGCAGAUCCCAAGUAUGUGAGAGCCUGGCCAGGGGGUGUUGGGAUGAUGAAAAUGGGAUCAAAUUAUGGACCAACACUGGAGAUUCAGAAACAAGCUGAGGCACGAGGUCUGCAUCAAGUACUAUGGUUGUUUGGUCCAGAACACAGAAUCACAGAAGUUGGAGCAAUGAAUAUUAUGGUUUUCCUAGACAAGGGCAAUGGAGAAAAAGAACUUGUGACACCACCUCUUGAUGGCUUAAUUCUUCCUGGCGUGAUAAGAGAUUCAAUAUUGUCCUUGGCACGACAGUGGCAAGAGUUCACAGUAUCAGAGAGGGAUAUAACUAUGGAUGAGAUCAUUCAAGCAAAAAGUGAAGGGAAGCUUUUAGAAAUGUUUGGAGCAGGCACAGCUGCAGUAGUGACACCAGUGGGAGAGAUUCACUAUGAAGGUCAAAUAGUGAAAAUUCCCACUAUGGAGCACAAGCAUCCACUCACACAGCGUAUCUUUGAUGCUAUCACAGACAUACAAUAUGGACGUGUCAAAAGUGAAUGGACCGUCCCUAUUGAGUGAAAUGAGAAUAGAGAGAAAUUCUGGUUUUGUGACUCAGAUGCAGAUUUCUGAAUACAGGUGCAUAUUGGUUAAUAGUGUGUUAACAUUAGAAAACUUUUAAAGUAUAUUAUUUUAAUUGUUAAUAUACUUAAAAUUUUGAAAUGCAGUUUUAACAAACUAUUUUCUCAUGAGUGUUCAUUUGCAGAUAUAUAUUUUGGAACCAUUUGAAAUCCAAUAGUCUGCUAUAAAUAGAUUUUAGUUCUAAAAACUAUUAUGCUGAGAACAGUUGUGUUAAACAACUGAAUAUUAAUGUAAAAUAUUUCCUCCAAUAUUACUGUGAAAUUUUACUUAUGCCUAUGACAGGUAAUGGCUUUUAACACAUACAAAUGCUAAUCAUUAUACAGUAUUAGAUGUAAAAUUAAACCUACUGUAUCUGAUAGUCUUUUGUAAUACAAGCAGUUAAAAAUAGUUACUUAAGGCACAGAUGAGCCACAGGAUUGUUAGGAAGUAUUUCUUCGGUCUGAGUGGCUGGGAAGUGGAGGCAUGCUCCAUAUAUAGUUUUAAGAGCAGGUAUGAUAGAGCCCUUGAGGCUAAGAUAGAGUGAAUCUGGAGAGUGGCAAGUUAAGAGGCAGGGCUAGGAUGCGAAAAUCAACCACAAGUAAGCAAGCACAGACCACACUAACAAUAAAGAUGUUAAUCGCAUGAGCACUUCUAAUUGACUGUGUAAAAUUCGGUAUAUAUUCAAAAAAAUAACAGAAUUAAGCAUUAAACCCGGUAUUCAGAAAAAAAGCAUAUGGUAAAGCCAGAAGGUUGUAUAUUAUGUACUUUAUUAUUGUAUAGCAUAUUUAAAUCAGUAUUUGUGGCAAUUUUAGUGUAAAUAUUCGCUUGUGUACAAAUAAUCAAAACUACAUUAGAAUAAUUAGAUAUUAUCAUUUGUUGAUAAAUCACAAACUAAAAAAACAAGCAGCUGGAAAAGAUUAAAAGUAAAUAUCAAUAAAUUAAAAACAAAAAUAUAUGUGAACCAGUAUUUAUUACUUGGAAUAAGGAAUGUAAAUGUUUUCACUUGUUCACACACCAGUAAUUUUUGCCUCCCAAGAUCUGCAGGCAAUUUAGAUAGCAUUUUACUUAUCAGCUUCAUAUUGAUUUGGAUAGAUGCUCGAGUCAUGUGUGUAGGGCAAAAGGAUUGUAAAACUAAGCAGAAAAACUAGUAAUCACCAUAUAAAAGAUAUUGGCAAGGAAGGUCAUGAAUUACAGUACUGUAAAACUUCUCUUCCUUCUACAACACUGGGAGGGAUGGGGAUACUUUCCUGAGCACCAGUGACCAGAGGAAAAUCUGCAAAAUCAUUAAAUGUACCUGACACAAGGAAUUUAUAUUGUAUGAGGAAGGAAGGGAAGGGCUGUACUGUUGCAGGCAGUUAGGAAAGGCAUGCACUAGAGGAUGCCAGUCGAACACAAAUAUGCAAAACAUUUUUCACUUCACUGUCUAAAUUUAUAAAUUAGUAAUGCCAAGAUGUUGAAAAUUUGUAAUAAACUAAUACAUAUAGUAAUUCAAUGGAGUGCUCAAACUUACAGUCUAAGGGGCCUGAGAUUACUGUUCCACAUCUGGUUGGAGAAUUCUUAUAUUCUGUAGUGCAGAAGAGGGACAGAUUGGUAGUCUCAGGACUAUUAGGCUGUUGGUUCUAAGUCCACUCUUAGUAGUAGUAUAUAUAUAUGUGUAAACUCCAAACUUGUCGGGGUCAUACAGUACCUAGGGAAUGGGUGGUAAUCAGAUUUGAUCCAAGGAGAUUGUAGGUUCAGUUCCUAGAAUUAAAGAGUCCUUCAGCAUUAAGGCACCCUCCUUUAAAGGACUUAGUUGAAUGCACUGCCAAGUUCACAGUAAGAACUAGCAUGGUGUAUGGUUUAAGGAUUCAUACACUGCCAGAGUUAAGACCUCCAUAUAUCACUUGCACUCUAUGUAUCACCAGGACAUUGCCUUGGCAAAUAUUGUAUAUACAUUAAACCCUACUGAAUUCAGUUAAAAGAAAGUAAAUUAGCUAAAAAAUACUUACAUUUAACUUACUAAUACUGUACAUUAUUUGUUACUUUCAAGUUGAGGAUGCAUAACAUAUUGAAGUGAGUGGAGAGAUUGGCUGUGGAUCUUUUCCUCAUCCUUUUCAGUUACACUAAGGAUUACUCAUUGCACCAGCCCUUGCUGUGGUCAAAUCACUGAUUCACUAACAAACACUCGUGAUGUGUGCACCAAUCUUCAGAAUCUCGAUUACCUUUUUUUUUUUAUAUAGGCAUAGUUUUGUGCUUAAUUAUUUUGCUGCACCAGCAUCACCUGUACUUCAUUUGGAAGACAUGAUAAAUAUCCAGAGGUGAGAUGGCAUGAGGAAAACCUGAGCAAUGUGCACUAAACCAAAAUCAUGCAGUAUAUUUGCAUGUAUGAGAGGCUAGUUUGACAACAUUCUUUCACCCUCCCAGGCAGCAAUAAGACAAUGAAGUUGCUUAGUGCUGCAGUGCUCCUUAAUGGAAAUGGGCCCACUUCUAUUGAAAGUGAAAACCUAAAUUUAAAUCACAUAAUACUUUAUAUGCGAGCUAUGAUUGUGUGACUUAAGGUUUCUACAGCACAUAAAUUGAGCAGUGAUGUAUCCCUUGGUGUAUAGAUUCAGAAUUUAUUUUAAAUUUCUAUUAUAGGAAUUAAGGUAUCCUUUUUGUGGAUUGUGACCUUAUUGAUUACCAUGAUAUCAAUACACAUUAAACCUAACAUCUUGCAUAAUUGGCUACUACCUUCACACUAUACACCUCUCUCUACUUUGCCCUCAAUAAACACAAUUCAAUAUAUAUACCCUCUAUACACCAGUUGUGUCAAGUUGCCUGUCCAUAUGACUAAUACAGAGACCAUUUUAAAUUUGAGAUAUGCUCUUUUUCAAAUUAAAAGCAAAUUCUAAAUAAGAGAGAAAUUACUGAUGUAUUCAGCAACAUUCCUACUUUUGCAGAUCCUCCCUGCAGCACUGUAUGACCCUUUUGUUUAGUGUUUAAACUUUCUUGAUUAUAAUAUUCAUUACCACAGUACUAUAUUUAAUCAAUCUUUUUUGUCUUGCAUUUCUCAAUAAACUCCCUAUGUAGCAAUACUAUAGCAUUCAGGUUUACUUUUGUUCAUAGAUUAUUAAUAAAGUAUUCUGCAUGUGCAAUGUUUUAUCUUAUCUAUAAUAUAGUAAUUCAUGUAUAUAUAGAACUAUUUUCAAAUAUGAUUUUGUAUAGUUUAUCUGUAGGCUUACUUAUUUUAAUGUAAAUUUUGUAUCUGGUUUAUAAGUGAACUAUAUAAAAAAAAACUGCUGAAUCUCUUAUUUUACACAAAACUUUUCUAGAUGUCUUUUAAGGUAUAUUUUUGUAUAUUCAUAAGUUUUAAACAAAAUUGAAUGAUUUGUAUUAUUACAUGCAUGAGUGCUACACCCAUAGGGGGUUAUACAGAGCCUUGGAAAAUGGGAGGCAGUCAGAUGCUAUCCAAGGAAGGGGAGCACCGGUCUAAUUCCUUAGGUCAAGAACCUUUCACUGACAUCAAGGAACCUUCCUUGACCUGAAUACUGUCUGUAACUUGAGUUUAGAGGAUUAAAUACAGAGCAUUUGUAGCAGCAAGAUGCAUUUGUUCAUUUCUGCCAAUUUAUUUUUUGGUUUGUUAUAAUAGUAAAUGUUUGAGAAUGUGUCUGUACUUAUGUAAAUAAAUUUUUAAAUUUAA